UUUUCCAUCAUUUCUUCCCUCCCUCCCUCCCUUCCCCUUCCCUUCCCCCUUCCCUCCUCUCCCCUCUCCCCUAACCUCUCCUCGACAGAAGUAGAGCUGUGCUCCCUCGGUCAGCCACCAUGUCCUCUCCCCCGUCCGGCAAACGCAAGCGCAGUGGCUCCCAACACCUCUCUAAGGCAGUUCCGGCGCCUGCAGAUCUUCUGCAACCUUCCUCCCGCGACGCGUCCGGCGAAGAAGGCGACGACUCAACCGGCCCGGCCAUUCCCUUGCCCAGCCCCAACAAACACAAGAAACAGUUGUCUGAGGACGUAACAUCGACUGGCGCCGUGCCCCCGUCUAAGCGGGCUCGGAAGGCUUCCGUCAGCGACACCAACCAUAGUCAUCUGUCCAACGGCAAUGCGGCGGGUGCGUUGAACAAGGAAGAUCCCGGCGAGCCGUCCGAAACCACCGUGGCCAGCAGCGACAUUGAGAAUCAGCGCACUCGCCCGGAAUUGCAGGUCGACACGACGACGCCCCCGGAGCACUUGUUGAAGCCACUGGCGGGGCGUGGAAUACAGGAUCCCGUCGGCUAUCACACCAACCCGCCGCCGGUGGGUCGGCCGGUGCGGGUGUAUGCGGAUGGAGUAUUUGAUUUGUUUCACUUGGGUCACAUGCGACAAUUGGAGCAGGCGAAGAAGGCUUUCCCCGACACAUAUCUUAUUGUGGGUGUGACGGGUGAUGAGGAGACACAUAAGCGCAAGGGAUUGACGGUCUUGAGUGGUGCAGAGCGUGCAGAGUCGCUGCGACACUGUAAAUGGGUGGACGAAGUGAUCCCUAACUGUCCUUGGAUUCUGACCCCGGAGUUCCUCGAUGAGCACAAAAUCGAUUAUGUGGCACAUGACGACCUGCCGUACGGCGCGGAUGAGGGUGACGACAUCUACGCCCCAAUCAAGCGACAAGGAAAGUUCCUGGUUACGCAGCGCACGGAAGGUGUCAGCACCACGGGUAUCAUCACCAGGAUCGUCCGCGACUACGACCAGUACAUCUCGCGACAAUUCAAGCGUGGUGCCUCCCGUCAGGAAUUGAACGUGUCAUGGAUCAAGAAGAACGAGCUGGAGAUCAAACGCCAUGUCUCAGAGCUGCGCGAUAACAUUCGGGCCAACUGGACUACCACGGGUCAGGAAUUGGGUCGCGAGCUGCGUCAGUUCUGGCAGAACAGCCGCCCCGGCAGCCCGGCGCCUAGCAACCGAAACAGUAUGGAUCUGGGCGGCUCGCGCAGUGGGCUGACCAGUCCCGUGCUGGGCAACAAAACGCAUGUUUCGCGGGUUGAGGCUCUGGGUCGUCCCGACAGUCCGAUGGGCACCGGCCGGAAUGAGCCGGAUUACUUUGCGACGGGGUACAGUCUGGGUUUGAUUGGUGGUGUUCGAUCAUGGAUGCGCAGCCGCCGGUCUCUAGUGGGCAGUCGGGCCCCGUCUCCGACCAGUGAGGAAGACCAUGAAUCAGAGGCCGAGCGCAGCAGCGGGCAACAGCUACAACAAGAACAUGAGUAUGAGCAACAACAACACGCAGCUGGAUCGCGGGCAUGAGUGAUUAUUUAUUUUCAUGAUACAACACAAACAAAUUCUCUGGCUUGCUUCUCCGCGCCCCCCCCCCCCCCUCCCCCCACCGGGAUUCCUCUCCCUUAAUUCCCCAGACCUACCUCUACAUCCUUGGUUCAUGUCUAUCUCUUCCUUUUACCCGAUAAUGUAAGGUUAGCAAAAGGACCAGUCUUGGUAUGAGCUUAACUUUGAAAUUGGACAACCAAAAGAAAAACUUUUUUCUUCUCUUCUUUUUUUUUCU